AUGUCGACUCAAGCCCCUCACCCCACCCUGCUCAUUCCGGGCCCCAUCGAAUUCGAUGAUGCUGUUCUUCAGUCCAUGGGACAUUAUGCCGAGAGCCAUGUUGCCCCCGGUUUCGUCAAGACCUUUGGAGAGACAUUGGCUAUGACCCGGAAGCUCUUCCAGUCUACAAACCCCGCAGCUCAGCCGCUUGUUAUCUCUGGCAGCGGUACUCUAGGCUGGGACGUUGUGGCUUCUAACCUCGUCGAGAAGGGCGAGAACGCUCUUGUCCUACACUCCGGUUACUUCGCCGACUCAUUCGCAACCUGCUUGGAAACAUACGGGGCCAACGCUACACAAUUGAAGGCGCCAAUUGGAGACCGUCCAUCUUUCGAAGCUAUUGAACAAGCAUUGAAGGAGAAGCCAUACAAGGUCGUCACAGUUACCCAUGUCGAUACGUCCACUGGUGUCCUGAGUGACAUCAAGAAGGUUACAGAGGUUGUCCGCCGGGUCAGCCCCCAGACUCUCGUGGUCGUGGACGGCGUGUGCAGUGUCGGCUGCGAGGAGAUUGCUUUCGACGAAUGGGAUCUGGAUGUGGUCCUAACCGCCAGCCAGAAGGCCAUCGGCUGCCCUCCCGGUCUCAGCAUCCUCAUGCUUUCCGGCCGGGCAGUUGAGACCUUCAAGGCCCGCAAGACCCCGCCAUCCUCCUACUACUCCUCCCUGGCCAACUGGAUCCCGAUCAUGCAGAACUACGAAAACUUCAAGCCCUCCUAUUUCGCCACCCCUCCAACCCAACUCGUCCACGCUCUGCACACCACCCUAUCCCAGAUCACAGCCCGGCCGGUGUCAGAGCGCUUCGCGGCCCACCGCCAAGCCUCUGAUCGCGUCAAGGCUGCCGUCGCCGAUAUUGGCCUGCGGCAGCUAGCUUCCAAGACUGAGAACCAGGCUCACGCCAUGACAGCAAUCUGGCUCCCCGAAGGUCUGACCCCGCCUGAUGUUCUCCCCGGCCUCCUGAAGCGUGGCGUCAUCUUCGCCGGUGGUCUGCACAAGGAAGUUGCAACUAAGUACAUCCGCUUCGGACACAUGGGCGUUAGCAUUACAGACCCCGCCCGCGGUGACGUUGAGAAAGCUAUCGCAGCCCUCAAGGAAUCCCUUGCCGAUGCGAAGAAAGCCAAGGGUCUGUAA